GCCUGGAAGCUUUUCACGGUCGAGUCAAAGAUGGUAUUGUUUCCUUUGGAUAUUAAGUUGAAGUUUCAGGACUUUUGUGCUGCCGGUGCGGAGGACUGAAACCAAUGACCUGACGGAGGACUUUUGAAUUCUCUCAGCUUUUCAGCGUCCACACAUCGUCCUCAAUCUGUCGAGUCAACAACCAAACUCAGUGUGAAAGGCUCAGCCGGACAGGAACAGAGACUUGAAUUUGCCACCAUUACAAGCCGUGAGGACUGAGUGACUUACUGACCCCACUGGUCUGUAGUGGUCCCAACCAUGGGGAAGACUGGGCAGAGUACAGUGGACUUAAACUCCCCAAUGGAGGUCAAACAAGCAGUUCCCUUUGAGGAACUGGAUGCUGUGGCGCCCCCUGGAGAUAAAAAUAAUAAGGAAACAGAAGUGCCACCAGACAGGGGAAGCUGGAAGGGAAAGUUUGAUUUCCUGCUGUCAUGUGUGGGAUACGCUAUCGGCCUGGGAAAUGUCUGGAGGUUCCCUUAUCUGUGUGGCAAGAAUGGUGGAGGAGCCUUUCUGAUCCCGUACUUUAUGACCCUGGUGUUUGCUGGGAUUCCUCUCUUCUUCCUGGAAACGUCUCUGGGACAGUUCACCUCAGUGGGAGGUCUGGGAGUGUGGAAGCUCAUCCCUAUGAUGAAAGGUGUCGGUUUAGCUGCAGUGGUUCUGUCCUUCUGGCUCAACAUCUACUAUAUUAUCAUCAUUGCCUGGGCACUCUACUACCUAUUCAACUCCUUUGGUUCGGAGCUGCCUUGGCAAAGCUGUGAUAACCCCUGGAACACAGACAAGUGCUUCUGCAACUACAGUCUGACAGACACCACCAACCUGACCAGUGCUGUCACAGAGUUCUGGGAGCGCAACAUGCACCAGAUGUCCAGUGGUCUGGAGGAGCCAGGAGAGCUUCGCUGGCCCUUGGUGGGCACUCUGGCGUUGGCCUGGAUCCUUGUCUAUUUCUCAAUCUGGAAAGGAGUGGAGUGGACAGGGAAGGUGGUGUAUUUCUCAGCCACCUACCCCUACGUCAUGCUGUUCAUCCUGUUCUUCCGUGGGGUCACUCUGCCCGGAGCCAUAGAUGGGAUCCUCUUCUACAUCACCCCAGAUUUUAAAAAGCUCAUGCGGUCUGAGGUGUGGCUGGAUGCAGCAACUCAGAUCUUCUUCUCCUACGGACUGGGCCUGGGCUCGCUCAUCGCACUGGGCAGCUACAACACUUACAACAACGAUGUUUACAAGGACUCCAUCAUCGUGUGCUGCAUCAACUCCUGCACCAGCAUGUUUGCUGGCUUUGUCAUCUUCUCCAUUGUGGGCUUCAUGUCUCAUAUCACUAAGAAACCUGUCCAGGAAUUAGCAGCAUCAGGCCCAGGUUUGGCGUUUUUAGCUUAUCCUCAGGCUGUCACCCAGCUGCCCAUGUCCUCUCUGUGGGCCAUCCUCUUCUUCUCCAUGCUCAUGAUGCUGGGCCUGGACAGUCAGUUCUGCACAGUGGAAGGCUUCAUCACAGCUCUGAUGGAUGAAUAUCCCCUGACACUGAGGAAGAGGAAGAAGGUCUUCAUCCUCAUUGUCUGCUUCAUCUCCUUCAUCAUCGGCUUCUCCAACAUCACGCAGGGUGGUCUGUACGUGUUCAAGAUGUUUGAUUACUACUCCGCCAGUGGCAUGUGUCUGCUCUUCCUCGUCUUCUUCGAAACCGUUUCCAUAUCCUGGUUUUAUGGAGCUGAAAGGUUUUAUAUGAACAUUGAGGACAUGAUCGGCUAUAGGCCAAGUGGCUGGUGGAAGCUCUGUUGGAAGUUCUUCACUCCGCUGAUCUGCCUGGGGGUGUUUACCUUCAGUGCCAUCGAGAUGACCCCUCUGACGUUGGGGAAGUACGUGUACCCGCUGUGGGGCCAAGUGAUUGGCUGGUUCAUGUCUUUGUCUUCGAUGGUACUGAUCCCGGGCUACGUCAUCUACAUGUUCUGCGUCACCAAGGGCAGCAUUAAACAGCGUUGGCGGAAGAUGACAACCUCCCGGGAGGAAGAAAAGUCAUCGGGGCAUGAAGAAUUUACACGCACAGGGAGCGUGGGCGAAGCUCCUGUCUAGCCAGGAUUGUUCAGGUCUAAAUAAUUCCCCUGUCUGCCAGGACUUACUCUAGUCGACACUGACAUUUGACAAUUGGACAGAUGGAGCCUUGUACAGCAUUCCACUAUGGUGUUUUUCUUCAUCUUAAAAUGUGCCAAAAAAUCUGGCAAAUAAAGGAAGAAGAUGAGAAGGCACGUUUGAUAAAUAUAGAUAGAUUUCCUUUCACAGUGAUCUCUGACCACAAAUGCUAUAGAUCAGCAUUGAACCUGUGUAAAUAUACCGUAUAUAUACCAUUAAUAUAUGACUGUAAAUCUUCAUCCUACUUGAAUGUUUUCUCUGCUACUUAACAGAAUCACUGUCUUUGUCUGUAAGCUUACCACAAAUGUCUUGAAUGUUGUUGUACAGAGGUAUUAAAACAUCUGGUAAAACUUGA